GUAUGAAUGUACGUCGGGACGCUUGUCGGUCGGCAGUUUCCCUCCUCGCUGGCAAAGCUAUCCGGCUACUCCGAUGUUUGUUUAAACUGUCGUCAUCGUGGACUCGGUAGCUGUAACACAUUGAAGAGAGGCUGAUAUAGAAACCCAGUGACAACCAAAAGCUGUGUUCCAGGUAACUCUUUGUGAAAUUAACCGCCAUUUUCAGUCUUUCUCGCGUUUGUUUUGCUAACGUUGACAUAGCAAUGUUGAGUGGGUUAGCGGGAGAGCUAGCUUGCUAAUAUUAGCUUGAAGAGCGUAGCUUCAAACUGCUCUCGGUGGCUUUAAAACACGAUAAAUCAAACAUUCGUACGACUUUAUGUUGAUUUAGCACCUUUCUCUAUCGUCAAUGAACAGUUCGGUUGUUGUCAGGUUAGUCUUCGCGCUGAAGUGACAAAGCUAAUCUGUUAGCCUCGACAGACAUGACGUUACGGCUAAGUCAGGGUUAGUCGAUGUUCCGUGUGUUCAUCUGUGGUUUGUAACUGGUUCUAUCUGGUUGCGACCCGUUAACAAGCUGGUUGUUUUCCAUCAUUUCGAAUGUUGUUACAUCAGCGGGGGCCUAAUGAGAUAAAAUUAUGAGAGUAAACUGUGUUUGGAUGAGCGGGUCAGCCUCGUUGGCUGCACGUGGAGGAGUGAGAGACAGUUAGUAUUGUCUUCUUCAGGUGAGAUAUCUACAGGUGUUUUUUAUUUGAUCAUCAGAGUUCAUACCAGAGCUGCCAAAUUUUCUCCAUGUUCAGAUAUGAAAGUGAACCAUCAACCUCCAGGCUGACAGCUCCACUAACAGUCUGUAAUGGUCAUUUCAAACACCUGACACAAUACAAGAGGGAUUUCCUCUUCCUGCAAAGUCUUGACUGAAACUGUUAAUUUGUCAUCAUGAUUGUGAUUACAAUUAUUUUGUUUGAUGAUGAUAUUACGAUCACUUAGAUUGAGUUGACAUCUGCAUCAUGAAUUUAAGCAACUAAAACUAUAAGAAAUACAGAGAAAAAAGUAAACUCAAGCCUACCUUUUUGUGUAGAAAAGCAUGAAUGUCUAACUGAUGCUGUAAAUAUUUUAAUAGGUUGUACAAACUACUACUGAUAGGAACUAUGCAUUACUUCUUUGCUUCGCUGUAAGAGCUUUGGGUUAAUUUGUUGAAAAUAUAUUAAAUCGAAAGCAGGUUUUCAUUUGCAGUAAAGAACUUUGACAUGAUUAUUUAUUGUUUACAUUGUAUCACAGGCUGCAGAUCAAACUAAUCAUUCAAUCUGUUUAAGCUUUUAUAACAUCCUUUUAUAAUAUUUUCAUCCUGGCGAAAUAAACAGGACACGUUGCUGUAGAAAUGCAGAUUUUCAAAUAGAUGUAUUUGUUUGUUUUCAGCAGACUUAUGCUGUCCUGCUAGCAGGGCAACAUGUUCAACAAGUCAUUUGGUACUCCCUUCGGUGGAGGGACAGGGGGCUUUGGGACCUCCUCAACCUUCGGACAGCAAAGUAAGUCUUUUUAUUUAUUCAUUAAUGUAUUAUAACUGUGCAGUGUCAACCUCAUGCAGCACCAAUUAGACAUGGCUAUGAAAAAUGAGCUGAAUAACAACAAACUGACUUUUAGGACUAUUCAACAAAAACUAUAUAUACUUUUUUGAAUCUCCAUAAGACAGUGAACCAAAGUGAAAAUCUUUAACAACUCCCUGAUAUCUUGACAAGAUAUCACACAACAUCUCAGUCAAAAAAAAUCAAGAGUCUGGUAAAUGUCAGUUUUCAGAAGUUUAUUGUUUCCUGUGAGUGAAGUGUGUCUGUGGCCUUCUUCUUACAUAAACUCUGUAACCUCAGACACAGGUUUUGGAACAACAGGAGGUUUUGGAACGUCUGCGUUUGGAACCACGAGCAACGCUGGAGGACUGUUUGGUGCCACACAGACUAAACCUGGUCAGUCAGCUUCUGUUUUACUGGAUCUUGUGAAAAAAAAAGAGGUCAAAUAUUUUAAGUAUUUUAGUUUUUCAGUGCUGUAAGCUGAUUGAGAAAGAUUUUAACUUAUUGAGGGAUUCUAGAGUUCAACUUUGAUUCUGUUUCGGAACAUAAGGUGUUUACAGUUUUAAUAUUGGGUAGAGGGGUUUAAAGUUUGUCCUUUUUUUUCCGCCAGGUGGUCUGUUUGGGACGAGCACAUUCAGCCAGCCAGCGGCAUCCUCCACCAGCACUGGCUUUGGUUUUGGCGCAGCGAGCGGGACAUCCACCAAUCUGUUCGGCAGUACGGCAACAGGCACAAGUGGCGGUCUCUUCUCUCAACAGAACAAUGCUUUCGGUGCAAACAAACCCACCUCGUUUGGAAGUAAGACCCCCAUAAAGCUCUUGAGUAAAGAAAAAAGAUUAUAAAUAACAGACAUACAAACAAAAAACUGACACUAGCAAGAGAACCAAAUGUUUUUGAUACAGAUACUUGUGAACUUAUGGAAAUGGUUAGCUCUCAGUUGUUUUGCGGCCUCAUUACAUCCUUACCCUCUUCAAGGUUUCGGGACGAGCACCAGCAGCGGCGGUCUGUUCGGCUCCACCAACACCACAGCCAACCCUUUUGGUGGAACCACCUCUCUGUUCGGAGGCUCAGGCUUCUCUGCCACUCAGCAGCCGGGAACCACAGUCAAAUUUAAUGUGAGUAUACCCGCAGUAAGAGUAGAUGCACAACUUGCUCUCUUUGGGUUUUAGCUUCAGUUGAGUAAAGGUUUAUUCAGGACAGCGAGCAUUGUUUACUUGUUUGAUACUGCACUGUGAGUGGCGACUUUGAUGCUUGUGAUUUUAAAGUGUCUGUACUUGGGGCUUGACAUUAACGCCACUUGUCAAAUGUGGAUGAAUCUCUGCUUAUGCAUGUCACAGUCACUUGCCAUACAUAUGCUGCAGCUUUCUGAAAAGGAAUCUCACUUUUUGUCCCCCUGCAGCCUCCAACAGGAAGUGACACAAUGGUGAAAGCAGGCGUGACCACAAACAUCAACACCAAGCACCAGUGCAUCACCGCCAUGAAGGAGUACGAGAACAAAUCCCUGGAGGUGAGAAGGAUGUGUCAUUGGCUGCUUUUACAGACUGAUUCUGGCAGAGAAAAAAAACAGGCUUCCAAGAAAUGAACGAGCAGAUUUUUAGAACCUGCUGCUAAAAACCUAAAAGUUAGAUCUGCGAGAGUCAUGAUCUUGUAUCUUUGUAGUAGUUUUUAAAUCCUUCUCUCGUCCUGUCUCUUCCUGCAGGAGUUGAGGCUUGAGGACUACCAGGCUGGCAGGAAGGGUCCGGCCAACCCGAUGGCAGCAGGGACGGGUAGCCUGUUUGGAUCAACCACAGCUACAUCCAGCGCCGCCACCGGCCUGUUCGGCUCCACUGCCCCCAACACCAGCUUCUCCUUCGGACAGAACAAGAGCACCUUUGGAGCCAGUAAGUUGAUGUUUAAAGAUGAUAAUCUGAUAUUUUCUAAUUCAGGUGUUACUCGAAACCUUGCCAGUUUCACUGAACUUAGAAUUUAUCUUAAACAUGCGCCAGAUGAUAAAACAUUAUGCUCUGUUUUUGUUUCUUCUCUGCAGCUGGGGGUUUCGGCACUACAGCAGGCGGUCUGUUCAGUCAGCCAGCACAGCAGCCGGCCAGCAGCCUCUUCAAACCAUUCGGUCAAACUACCACCACGCAGAGCACCGGCUUCUCCUUUGGCAACACCAACACAAUGGGACAGGCCAACACCAGUACCAUGGUGCGAGUCACUGCAAGUCCAACAUAAAAUAUUUCAAACUGCACUCACAAACGUUAAAAACCCAAGACUCAGGAGAGUGUUUGUAACUGUUGUUAAAACCACUCCUCAGUCAGGAUGUUGUAUUGUCUCAGUGACACUCCUCUGCUCCCCUUCAGGGUCUGUUUGGGAGCACAGCAGCGUCUCAGCCGGGUGGGUUAUUUGGUGCCACUCAGACAAGCACCGCCACUGGGUUUGGGACGGGAACCGGGCUGUUCGGCAACACCACCGCAGGAUUUGGAAACGUUGGCACUCAGGUACAAACAGCAUUUGAGUGAUUUUAGUGAGAAACAGAUGUCCUCCUUAAUAUCUAGUGAAAGAUUUAACCUAAUAAUCCAUUUUCUCAGCCUGUUAUUGUAAUGAAAGAUUUUUUUCCAAUGUAAAGAAUUAAUUUUCCAAUUUUUUUGUUGGUGUGUAUUUUGUCCCUCACCAGCCGAGUCUGUUUGGUAAUAAAACAGCUGGGUUUGGUACCACCACCACCAGUGCUCCAUCAUUUGGCACUGGCACCGGGCUGUUUGGCAACAAGCCAACGCUCACUCUUGGGGCUGGAAACAACACGUCCACCUUUGGUAAGUCUCAGCCUGAUUGUUAGUUUGCUUGUUUGAGGGCUUUAGGGGAUAAGGGUGACAGCACAGACUCUUCAGGCUGCAGUAAGAUUUAACUUUAGUCUUUAAUUUGGGAUUUGAUGCUUGGCAGGUUUUGGCGGAAACCCUGCUGCUGGGAGUCUGUUUGGAAACAAGCCGGCCACUGGAGGACUGGGAACAGGACUGGGAACCAGUUUUGGGACAGGUACUAGAAAAACCAUGGAGACAGGAUUUUACUAUGAACAAAAGCAGUAAACUGUCCUCUUAGAUUUACUGAUACUGAUCUGUGUUUGUUCAGCAGUCGGCACAGGUCAGACUUCUCUGUUUGGGAAUAACCAGAACAAACUGGGUACCACACUGGGAACGAUGGGAACAUUUGGAACGACUGGAUUCAACAGCGGGACGAGCACACUUGGAUUUGGAGCCCCACAGCAGCCUGUCGGUGAGAAAACAAAGUCUUUCUUUUAAACAAAGUUUGUGUGUGAACAUCCUUAAACGCUUGUCAAAAAGAGACUUCAGAGUGUUUUUAUUCGUCCACUGUCAGGUUUAAACCAUGAGCAGAACUUUUGCAUCGCAGAUUAUCACUGCAGUUUGUUUCGCGUCCCAGGACAAGUUCGUUUUUGACCUUCUUUCCUCUUCAGCUCUGACAGAUCCAAAUGCAGCAGCAGCCCAGCAGGCCAUACUCCAGCAGCAGCUCAGCGUCCUUGCGUACUCGCCAUAUGGAGACUCACCGCUGUUCAGAAACCAGCUCACAGAUCCGAAGAAGAAAGAGGAGGUGAGAAAGAUGAGCCGCUGGAAAACUGUCUUUGUAAUGAAAGUGUUGAAGUAUUUAACUCUGUAUCCCAUCAUAACUUGUCUUUCGUUUUACCAGCGCCUGAAGCCGACCAAUCCAACAGCCCAGAAGGCACUAACCACACCCACCCACUACAAGCUGACGCCACGCCCUGCCACCAGAGUUCGCCCCAAAGCUCUGACAUCAUCAGGCGCCUCAAAGACGCAGCUUUUUGAUGGCCUGGAUGAUGAUGAGCCCUCACUCACCAAUGGGGCCUUCAUACCCAGGUAACCAUCGCUAGAUUGGAAGAUUUUGGAAACUAUUGGAAAUAGGUGAAGGUCAUUAAGAUCUAAAUGUGUGUUUUUAUUUUACAGGAAGAGCAUCAAGAAACUGGUGCUGAAGAAUCUGAACAGCAGCCAGUACAACAGUCCAAUCAACAAAGAGACAGACGACCUCGCCUCACCUCCAGAGUAUCCGCAGAACGGACACAGGUAUGAACACACUAACAAAGGCUACGUUCACACUCUGGUUAAAGUGACCCAAAUGUUGUUUUUUUUCAGUGGAGGGACAGUGAUAUCUGAUCAGAGUUGAUCACUGUUUAGAUGCAAAGAUUACAAAGAACAGUUGCAUGUCAUCUUAUAUUAUCCUCCCACAUCUCAAACUCUUUAAAAAGCCAAAAUGUGAGAAUAAAGUCUUGAUACCGGAGUCUCCUCUGCUCUGUAUUCCUGUUUAGUCACAUGGAGGAGGACGAGGAGCAGAGGGAGGCACAGGGCCCAAGCAGCCAAGCCGAAGAAGACCCCGAGGUUACGCAGUUCUACAUCAACCCCAUCGCCAAGCCCAUCCCUCAGGGUCGCAUCCAGACCAGCCUGCAGGACACCAUCAGCGACCUUAACAUGCACAAAGUGUCCAGGAACGGACUUGAGGUUCGAAGAUCUGAUCUCAGACUUUAACAUCUAUUUGUUUUGUUCAAUUCAACACCAUCUUUAUUGAUCUGUAACACGUUAAAACAGAAGUUGUAAAUUAACCUUCAUGUUAAUAUUCUGCAGCUCAGCAGCGAGGAUGUCUCUGCAUCUCUUGGGGAGGAGUCUCUGCAGGAGGAGAGAGACGAGGAGCAGCAAGAGGUUCAGCAGUCUCCUCAUCCUGCAGGUCAGAAAUAAACUAAAUUAUUCUCACUCCUUUGUCUUCACAUGUCAGACUUUUGUGCUGCAUUUUAUCUCCAUGAUUUAACCACUCCGGCUUUGAUAUCAAACCAUCAUAAUUAUAAUUACAUAAUUCAAAACAUUGGCCUGUUUACCAUCACUCAAUUCACAAGAAAAGUCUGUCUGCUUUCAUGUAAACACAGCCUGUCACUGUUCAUUCUUUCUGUGUUUUUCAUUUUUAAUCAGCACAGUUGUAGCUUCAGCAGAAUAAACACUUCUCAUGCCGUUCCUCUUUUUCAGGCAUUGUCCUGAACCGUGUCGGGUACUACACCAUCCCCUCCAUGGAGGAUCUGUCAGAGAUGGUGGAUGAAAACGGAGAGUGUGUGGUGGAGAACUUCACAGUUGGCAGAAAAGGUAAAUUCGCUUUCAAUGUCUUCUCUCAUCAAACUUGAUAAUGUUUAUACUCCUCUGAGGAUCUCUAUAUGAGCAGCAUUUCACCUUCAGAUCCUGUCAGUUCAGACUCAUGUAGAUAUUUAGAGGUUUCAGUCAACCUGCUGGAGGUUUCUACCUGUCUGAAAUAGUUACCAGAAUACAAGACUUUAAUUUGAGAAAACAUGCAAACAAAGUAUGUAAACUUUUGGCAUUUCACAGGUUAUGGCUCCAUCUUCUUCCCCGGUGAGGUAAACGUGACGGGACUAAACCUUGACGAGAUUGUCCACUUCAGACGCAAAGAGGUCAUUGUGUACCCUGAUGACAAAAACAAGCCGCCAGAGGGGGAGGGGCUUAACAGGUGAGGCAAGAUACAGUGAAAAACAUCUGUCAUUGUAAAAAUCAGCCUCUUCUGAUUUCUUGAUUCUGUGUGUGGGUUUUAGGAGAGCGGAGGUGACUCUGGAUGGGGUCUGGCCGAAUGAUAAGACGACCUGCACACAGAUCAGGAGCCCCGAACGUCUGUCUGACAUGAACUACGAAGGCCGGCUGGAGAAAGCUUCACGCAAACAGGGGGCGAAGUUCCUUGAGUAUAGACCUGAGACUGGGUCCUGGGUGUUUGAGGUCAGUCUCUAAAUAAUCUAAAGGAAUCUAACAAUGAAAAACAAUCUUCUCAGGUGUAACUGACCCCGCCUCCUUUCUCCCACUCAGGUGAGCCAUUUCUCCAAGUAUGGCCUCCAGGACUCAGACGAGGAGGAGGACGUCCCACUCAAAACUGACCCAAAGAAGCUGAAGACGAUGUCACUCCCUCCCUCCAAGCUGCAGCUGCAACUCCCCCCCACCCAGCAGCAGGUGGCGCCGCAGGCUCAGGUAGAGCAGCCUGCACCCAUCAACACCCAUCUUCAUGAUCAUCCUCAUCCUCACUGACACAAAGAUAAUCAAAGGAGCAGUUCACUAAAAUGUGCUGAUUUCUGAAUGUCGUCCCUCAUUUGAGUUUUUUUUUUCUUCUAUGACAUCAACACUUAUCAUCAACUUUAAAUAUCUUUGACAUUUAUUAUUUAACUUUUACUGUGAGAAAUGUUAGACUUUUGUUGGCCCCUUAACAUACUACAACUCUUUUUGUAAGAGUAGACAUUUUACCUAAUCAACAUAAUAAUCCUGUUUUUGAUGGGUUUAAGUCCUUUUAAAAGUUCUAAAGGCUGAUUGUGAUAAAAUGAUAUUUGAGCUGUUGCCUGAACCUCCAAAAACGACUUCUUAAUUUUCCUUUUAGCUUUUUGUUGGUUUUAAACUUUGAUGUUAUGAACUAAACACUUUUCUCCAAGUCCCUAUAGGCUGGUCAGAAAAUUAUCAGUAGAGAAAGAGAAUAUGAAAUAAAAUUUGAAAGCAUGAAAAAUCUUUCAAAUUUUAUUUAUUUAUUUAAAAUGAAAAAUUCAAGUUUGACUCAGAAUGGGCUUGCUAAAAAAUCACCAGUUUGAGUCAAAGUUCUGUUUAUCGUAUGGUGUUUGAUGGCCUUAAGGUCUGGAGCGUUUGUGGACUGUGUAAGCAUUAGUUAAAUUUGAGCUUUAUGAAAUCUGCUCUUUGGACAUUUUUCUUUGAUUAGACUUCAUUUAAAAUGUUUUAUUUUUAGCAGAGUUUCUCAUUUCUCUGCUGAAUAAACAGAUGACACACUGUGCAACGUAUUCUUGCAAAAAAGGCAAAACAUCUUUAGCUUGUGUUUAAUUAUCAUCACGUGUGAAAUACCUAACCUUUUUUUGGCAAAUCUGAUCCUUGCUUUAAGAAAACUGAUCCAAACUUUUCAUUUUAUAUUCAAGGCUGCCUGGUAAAGAUUGUAUAUGCUGCUAUAUGCUAUGUUAGUUUAUUAUAAGAAGUUUGUGUUUUUUCUUUUGAGCUAUAAUGGUUUUAGCUUGUUUUUUAUCAAGUCUGACUUCUUCAACACUUUACACUCUGACUUAUUUCAAGUUGUGCUGCAGAGACUGUAUUUUAUUCAUUAUUAAAAGGAAACUAAUAAAGGAAAUAAAUGAAUUUUCAUUGUUGGUCUGAUUAGCUUCUUUCUGGGAUAAUAAAAAAAUUAAAGCUUUAAGUUUUUUCUGUGCCAGCUUGUGUUUUUUAUUUUUACUUCUAGAUCCAAAUUGAAAAUAAACUCAAAGCUUUUUAAUUUUAGUUUUUAAUGAUACCUAAUAAGACGGUGUAAAGCUCCACAUGUAAAAGACGAUGAUAGUGGAUCUAAAUUAAACUUCUGUGUUUUUUUUACCACCAAACAGAAGAGUCCCUGAUGAUGUCUGACAGGCUGUUUUGGAUCACUCUGACUUACUUGUCUCUCUCUUGUGUGUUCAGUCCACCGUUGUCCCGGAUGUCCCCGGCAGUGUCCCUGAGUUGGACAGCGACAUGGCUGACAUCACUCAGAGCUUCCCGACAGAGAGCAUGCUGGGAGGAGAGGAGGACAGCGAGCUGCUCUCGGGGGACAUGGACACCACGAGUGGGAAGCUUGCAGGUUUUAUCCUCACUGAGCACGAAGGUGUCUCUGCUUCUGGACACAUUGCGUCCUCGCUGGGCAUCAACCCGCACACCCUGCAGGUAGAGCCUUAGUUUUCAUUCGCAGACGAGAAGAAAAUUUUUAGUGCAGAACAACGCCUCAGUAAAAUUCCCAACUUUGAUUCUAGAUCAUGAAGGCAUCUCUGUUUGCUGAAGACGAGGAGGAGGGCGACAUGUUCCAGGAUCACACAGCGAUGAAGGUCUCCACUGAUGUCUCAUCUCCUCGCAUCAUUGUGCCGGGGACUCAGGGUCGACCCUCAGGUAGGAAUCUCAUCUUUACUUUUUAAUUUGGCGCAAUAGAAAUAUUUUAAUCUCGAACUCUCAGUCAAUCACUUCUCUCUCUCCUCAGUGGGCGGUCUCCUGCAGGCUCGUUUCACCUCAGGCCUUAUCUCUCAGCUCUCAGACUCUCCCCGUGCUCCCCUCAUUCCUCCCCCUCUCUCCCGGGCGUCUCCUGCUGCAGUCGAACCCUCCCGUUCGCUGCAGUGGGCAGGGCCUGGCCCCUCGUCCUUCUUGCUGCCCCCUCGGGCUCCAGAGCCAGCUAUCAAGACAGUUGGCACUCGGCGUUUGGGCGGUCCUGUCCCCCUCAAAGAGUCGGUCACUCAGGGGAAGGUUUGUGUGGUUUUCUCAUCAUAUCUGAACACAACGAAUCGAUGAAAGUCUGGAGUUUUUUAGGGAUCGCUGUCACUUUGGGAUUAACUGAUGAUGGCUGACUGUAAACAGAGAUGUAGCUCGUACACAGAAGGGAAAAGCAUCGUAUGACCUUUGGUGUUUGAUUAUUUUCAGGGCCGGUUGUUGAUGGAUGCAGCGCUGUUUGCUGGUCGCUCCUUCAGGGUGGGCUGGGGUCCUGGCUGGACGCUGGCACACUGCGGCCAUCAGCUCAGCUCAGCUUCAACCAAACAGCUUAAGCAGCUAGAAACGACCAAAACUGACUUCAGCUUCCUGCCAAAACCUGCCAGGAGUAAACCGUAAGACAGAAAGACGUCACAGUUUUUGAUUUUGUUUCUCACAGUACAGAGGAAAACACAGCUCUCUGUCCUCCUUCAGGCUGACUGAAAGCCCUUACAAGGUGGUUCUGGAGCAGCUCGUGGGUCUGGAGCCACCUGCAGUAAAGAGCAGUGAGGAUGAAAGUGAGGAUGAGAGCCAGGCAGUGCUGCAGCGCCCCCUGGACAUCUGUCUCAAGCACAGCACCGUCGACACUCCAGAUGACGCUCCCUGCCCCCUGGUUCGACCACAGCCCGGUGUGGCUGCGCUGCAUGAAUACGCUGAAUGGAUCAGUGAGCUAAACGACAGGCGAGGAGACACAGACCGUAAGUGGGAGGAGCUUAAAAAGGCAGUAUUGUGUGGUAGAAAAACAAACAUAUGUUAAUGUUUUAAAAAGAGCAUAAAACAUCCUGAUCUGUCCUUCGUUUUGUACUUCGGUAAACUUUCCAGGUCAAAUAUAAAGUACAAGACAUGUGGCUUAAUAGAAUUGAUUAUCAUUUCACGAGAAACACAACUUUGCAGCAAGAUAGAAGAGGAGGAGGCUUCUGAAACACAGGUGUCCAGAAUUCAGGGUUCAGCUGCCUCCAGAAUUGCUCUGUUCUGAAAUGUGCUGAUGUUGCCGUAUGUUGUGUUCUAUAAUGCUCUAUUCCGGAAUACUAAGUGACUGAAUGCUUUGUUGUGCAGAGUUGGAAUCUGUAAAUCUGGGAAUCAGAAUUUGAUUUGUAAGGAGGGUUUUUAUUUUCACCUCAAAAUCACGUGAAGCUGAUAAAGCUAUCAGAGAAACGAGAUAAAUCCUGACAAUACGCAUAAUUCAAACCCUUUAAAUGUCACAGAGGAGGGAGCUUUUACAGAGAGCUAAAUGAUAAAACUAGGAGGAUGUUUGAAUCUUAUGAGAGGGCUGAGUUUUUCAUCAUGCAUAAAGUUUUUCUUUUUUAUCUCGUCAUCCAAACUUCUGUAAACGGUCCUAUUCUUACUAGAAGAACCAUUUUCCUGAAUAGUUAUAUUAUUGGUGGAAACAAACACAUUAGCCAAAUAGAGUCUUUUGGUGUUCCAAACCCAGCUGGUUAAAAACCUCCAGUAUGUCAUUGGAUAUCAGAGCUUUAAGAGUCAGGGCAGAACAAAAUUAAACAGGAUCUGAAAUUCAAAGUGCUGACGGGAUAAGGAGCAUCCUUCUGAUAAUGAUAACAGCCGGGAAAAAUAGGAUGAUGGUGUAAAACUCACAAAUAAAACUUCUGAGAAAACUUGUUCUGUGAUAAAAAGUUUUUACCAUUUUUAUCAAGUAUAAAUGUCUGAAGUUUUACAUAAUUUCUUACGUGUUUACUUUUGUUUUUAUCAUUGCCAGUAUUAUCUUUCAUUGUCUUAUUAAUAAUAAACUUAUCUGAAAACAACCCCUCUCUCUAUCUGCAGCUCUGUUGGAGCACUGGUCUGAGGUCUGGACCCUGUGUGAGGCCCUGUGGGGUCGACUUGGUCCUUCAGAUCAGGAUCUGGACGUGGAGUCACCCAGCGAGUAUGAGCAGCAGCUGGAGAGGAGGCAGAGCUUCUCAGCCUGGCUCGCACGUGGCGCCUCCUGCAGAGUGGAGGAGGAGGUGGCACAGGCGGGGAAGGGUUGCCACACGGACGCCAUCUUCAGCUACCUGACCGGCAACCGCAUCAGUGAGGCGUGUCGACUCGCACAGAAGGAAGGUGAGCAUUGAUUAUGAAGUCAGACACAUUCAAAAUCAGCCGUCUAAAAAGACAACGAAUGAAUAAGCAUUUGAUUUUAACUGACAUUUCUAUGAAGCUCCGAUUUGCUGCAGAAUCAGUCAUGACCCAGACUUAUAAAGGAUUUCUUCUUCUUUUUCUAAUCCUUCAUUCUCUGUGUCUCCAGGUGAUCAUCGUCUGUCCUUGCUGCUGUCUCAGGCUGUGGGCUCCCAGUACUGCAGAGACCUACUUGCCUUGCAGCUUGCCGACUGGAACCAUAUGCAGACCGAUUGCUACCUGCCCGAGGAACGACUCCGCAUCUUUACACUGCUCGCCGGGAAACCUGUAAGUGUUUUCAGUGGAUAAAGAUGAGGCAGUUUCCCGUGAGAGGCUGUGAGGUGGGUGGGUGGCGUCCCCUGCAGUACAGAGGGCUCUGCGGGUGAGACGGGCACUGUAAAUGUCCCACAGGGAGGGAAGAGAGUAUUUCAUUCAAGUGAAAGUUUGUUGACGGUGUUAAUUUCUGUGUCUGUAAUCUGAAUCUGAUGGUGUGUCGUCUCUCAGGUCUGGCAGUCGUCUGAGUCGGUGGUGAACGUUUGCUCUGAGCUGGACUGGAAGCGCAGCGUGGCCGUCCACCUCUGGUUCAUGCUGCCACCAACGGCAUCUGUGGCCGACGCCCUCGCCAAGUAUGAAGUUGCCUUCCAGGUGAGCCGCAGUCACAUGAUAUAUACUCUUCUUUUCUACCCUGUGCAUCUCAGAAAAUUUCAAAACAGUUUUAUACCACUUUUCUGCUUAUUUCAUGGACGUUAUUGUAUUUAUAAGUUGCAGAGGUUUUUGCAGGCAUACAUAUAAUAAUCAUCAUCAUACUGUUUCUACCCUGCAGGGCUCCUGUGAGGGGGGGAAGUAUGCUUGCGCCCCUCUGCCUCCGUACAUGGAGGAGGAUCAGCUGGACUUGGAGGAUGAGUUGGAAGAGGAGUCUAAACGGCCGCUCUACGAUCUCUGCUUCCACCUGCUUAAACUUUACAGCGACAGGUAAACCAGCAGCAUCACACAAGGACAGUCUGGGGAAUCAAACAGUCUGUCCCUGGGGAUGUCGGUUAAGCCCUAAAGAGUUAUUUCACCAAAAGUACAAGACAAAUAAAAGGGAGAAUCAAGUUUUUUUGAACAUGAAAUAAAACACAACAGCAUUAGUGAAGGUGUUUGGCUUUCUAAAUGGGUCGUUCUAUGUCUUGGUGAUUAGAGGAAGUGAAAUAAACACUUCACAUAUCACAGAUCAAAAUCCACAGACAUCUAAAAACUAAAACGUAACCUUCAAUAUUGAGACCAAGAGGAGUAUCUCACACUCUCUGGACGGUCAGGGUGUGUUUAUAACUAUCAUAAAUAUUUACAUAUCUCUGGCUAAGUUAACAUGUCAAAUCUUUGUAAUGCUCCUUUAAUCAGCUUUGUCUCUGUAUUCUCCUGCAGACACUACAGCCUGCAGCAGCUUCUGGAGCCUCUUACCGUCACCUGGGAACGUCUGGACUACCGCCUGAGCUGGCACCUGUGGGGCGUCCUGCAGGCGCUGCACUACAGCCACCUGAGUGCCUCACGGCAGGGACUCCUACACACCAGCUAUGCCGCACAGCUGGAGAGCGCCGGCCUGUGGCACAUGGCCAUCUUCAUCCUGCUGCACAUCCCCGACCACACGUAGGGAAAACUUGAGCGUCAUCUUCUAUAUUUUACAUUUUUUGUUGUAUGAGGCAUAUUAAAGUUUUAUAAAGAAGGAAAAUGUCACAAAGAAAACACGGUGGCUAAUAUUUCCUCUUUAAGUUGCAUCUCCUCCUGUCGUCUCGUCUUUCCUGAAGAAAAGGAACAAACCGGAUCUUCUUCUUAAUGUGUUUUCAGUCAGCGGGAGCGAGCCGUGCGGGAGAUGCUGACCCUGCACUGCCCCCUGCAGGAGACAGAUGAGUCUGUGCAGAGAGAACGCUUCUUGACUGAGAGGCUGCUGAUCCCGGAGCAGUGGAUCCACGAGGCCAAGGCUACCCGAGCUCGCCGUGACGCUGACAGACACCUAGAGGCUCUGCACCUGUACCGUGCCGGGUUCUGGAACCAGUGUCACCGUCUGCUGAUCCAACACCUGGCCUCAGGUAAAGAGUUUAAAUUUCAGAUAAGUUUCCAGGAGCUGCAGGUAAAUUAUAAAAAAACUCUUCUCAUGUAGGUUUGGUGAAUUUAUGUCCUCCCUCUCAUCCUGCUGUAGAUUGCAUCAUUAACGAUAACCACGACUAUCUGCUGGAGUUCCUGGAGGGGCUGGCGGUCCCUGAACACAGCACGACCAUCCAGGACUGGGACAUCGCAGGCAGAGUUUACCUGGACUACGUCCGAGUCAUUAAGACUCUGCAGGACAUUCAGCAGGUACUGACAUUGUCCUUCAUGUCAGACAGCGUGCGACCUGAACGAGCGUCAGGAACGAAUCACCGAAAUUGUAUGGCUAGAGUUUUUUUUACAUGUAGACAGACUGGAAAUGGUUGAUUGAAGAACUUGAGGCGGUAUUUGCGUGACACCUCAUAUGUAAUAAAACAGUAAUUAAAAAAACAGCUGCUGACUGGUGACUAAUAAAUCAUGUCCUUUUUUCUUUUAGUUUUAACCACAAUAUUGAACUUUUAUUUUUUCCUCUCAUCUUUAUUUUUAGAUGGAAAACGCCGGUUACGAGCUGGAACGCCUCUACUCUGACGUGACGUCUCUCUGCAGCAGGAUCGAGCUGCUCCCUUGCAGCACCGCCAGAGACCGGCUCGCCCAAUCAGGUUAGAGCUUUGUUUCUUCACUGUUUUUGUAGUUAAACAGAGCUGAGGGUCUGCAGGUUUCCCCUCUGACUGAAAACAAGAGCCGAGUUCGUACAUCUGUUAUCUGAUUGGCUGAUAUAGGGCCAAGGUUAGAGAGGUGGACAGAUGUUAAGGUUAUUUUCUGAAGUGUUCAGAAGAAAAAUUUCCUAACAUUGUCAGAAACUGAGCAGAUAUACACAGUUCUACAAACAAAAACUACAAUUAAAGCCAUGAAAACCAUAUUGAAAUCAGUUCUGCAGUGGACCUUACCCAUCUGAAGGGAUCAUCCAGUUUAAAUCAUGAGUAUUAGAAAAUAGGAAAAAGAGCUUAAACUGCAGCUCACUCAUCACACACAUUACUUUUAGCUCCAAAUUUUAGCAGCUGUUAAUCUUAAAUACUCAAUUACAGAUCAGAACUGGAAAUGACUCAAGAUCCUCUGAAGUAAUGGUGCCCAAAGUUAAGUGGAAGUAUUUCAGAUCUACACCAUUAAUAGACGUUUUCUUAAAAAGUCUUUUAAAACGCACACAGUUUUGUACAAAAGUGCAAUAAUCUUGAGAUAAACCGAAAUUGGUUUUACACGCGGAGUAGAGAUGUAGAGUUUUCAUGAGGCAUGUCAAAAAAGGUUGGGACCACAGCCCUACAGUAAGCCACACAGCAUCAAAUAUGAGUUUAUUCUUGACGUCCUGUCUGGUAAGUAGUUUCUCAAGCUCAGGUAAGUUUCUUCACUUUGAUGAGCAAACCGUGUCGGUACUUAAUCAGGAGCAGAGAGGAAGAGUUUGGAGUGAGAUUUCUGCCUCGUAAGGAGUUGACAGGUAGGAAUGAACUGUUUGGACGAGAUUGAGUUAACAGGGAAAGAGAAGGACACUUACUGAAUGGAGUUCAAGUAGGGAGCGAAGUCAGACGUUGUUUCAGUGAGACACUCCUGCAAUACAAAACCUCCACUGCAACCUUACAAAGCCCCGUCUCCCUCCACUUUCCCCCCUCCUCCCCCCUCCACGCAGAAAUGGCGAAGCGUGUGGCCAACAUCCUGCGGGUGGUGCUGAGCCUGCAGCAGGGCGACGCAGCGUCAGACUCCCUCAGCAUCCCCCUCACCCAGCUGGCCCCACACAUCACCCGCCUACCGAUGCCGGAGGACUACACGCUGGAGGAGCUGCGAGGCCUCACGCAGUCGUACCUGAGACAGCUCAUUGUCAGCCAAUGAGGAUGCAGAACACGGGCAGGAGAGAUAACAUGAUGACAGAUCUACGCUGAGGCUGUUUGGAUAUCUUCAAACUCUGAUGCAGAAAAUUUCCAAAAGAGCAAAAAAUGACAUUUUGAGAAGAAGAAGAACCGUUUAGGAGCUUAUGUGUUUUUUUCUUGGACGCCGUCUGUCCGAGCUUCUUCAGCUUUUUUUAGUUUGUCAGGUAGAGAAAAGUUUUGAUUCACCAUUCCUCAUCGUUCACAGGAGCAUUUUAAAGAAAAACACUGAAGGACACAGAAUGACUCCUAAUUUGAACCACACAAGUUUUUGCAUGUUUUACUGUAUAUUAAUUACACAGGGUUAUUCACACAAUUACAUAAAAGGUUGAAGGUUUCCACGUGAGGUUCUUCCUUCAAAAAGAGGUCAGAAAAAAGGUAUUGGUGGUUGCUGGCACAGGAAAACAAAACAUGUAGCUUUACCAAAUUAUUCAUGCAUGAUAGGCUCUGUUAUUUAUCUCAAAAUAUAUUAGGGUAACACAAAAGAUAUUGUGCUAUUGGCAGAAUUUGAAGGUGUGCUGGAGGACUGGAGGAGAUUUUUGUCAAUUAACACCUCUGUCACGAGCAGCAACAGUGUAAGGGUAACCAAUUUGUCCACAGGUGGCGCCAAAGUAACAAAGUUUCCAUCAGCAGCUUUAAAAAAAACACACUCUGGGCAACAUGUAAAACUACCUAAAUAUUCAAAACGUUCAAAAAGUGUAAUUUAAUCCUCUCAUCCAAGACACAGCGUUAACCCAAGUCUUCACAAUCUCAGGCUUAACUGUUGUGUCCUAAUUUUGUUUGUUCACUGAAUAACAAAUACCUGAAAUUCACCCCCUGAAACUCCCCUUUUAGUUUUUGUCAAUUUUGGCGCCCCCUGUGGACGAAUCAGCUUCUUCAUGGCUUUUGACCAAAAUUCUCUCCCUGCUGACCUGCGAAAGUCAAACCAAUCAUUCAUCGUGGAUAUUUUAGGGGUCAUUUAUAUAAUCAUGCCUGACAUCUACCCCUCGUGUCAGUUUCAGACAUUAAAAUUUAGAAUUAUAAGUCCUUCGUGUUGUUUCUGAUGGUCUUGCUACCUUUUGAUAGAAUGAAAAUGCACUUAUAUAUAUAUAUAUUUUUUGGUCUUUUAUUUCUGUCAAAAACGUCCUCACAGGCGCUUUCAUUCACACAUUGCAGUUUGCAUUGUAAGUUUUGAACUUGCAAACACUUGCGUGGUUGUUUUUGCAGGAAAACUUCAACAAGUCACUGAAUUUGAUUUGUUUGUGAUCAGGAACUUAGAGCUCAUUUACGUGGAGUCAUUUCUGUGUUCAUUAUUAUUGUUUAUUAUUUUAAAAUGCUCCUAAAAACAGCUUCUUUCCUUUUUGAGCUGCUAUUUUUUUCUCACUUUGUGUGAGUGUUUGAACCUGUCAUAACUCCCCAAAGUCAGCUCCCCCUUGCUGUUUAUUCACUGAUUAAAUGUGUGCAGAAAACACAGCCAUCCCUCCACUGAGUUAUGUUAGUUUAAUUUAACAUUUAGUUUCAUUGUGAGUGAGGAAAUCGACCAUUAGCAUAGUGUGACAGUAGCUUCUGUUCAUUUGUCCAUAUAGAGUAUAAAGACGAUUGAUUAUUAUAAGAGACGCGGGCUGUUGUCAUACAAACGGGUCGGAUGUGCACAAAGUGGAUUUUUCUGGAGACGAGUCAGAGAAAAGCUCUACAUGCAAAGAGUCAAACACCUAAUGGUCUAUUUUUGUAGAGUUUUUGUUUUUCUGUUUAGUGUGUGUGAGUCAGGAGUGUGUGUGUGUGUGCAUGUAAAUCAGAGAGAAACAACAACAACAAACACACAGGAUCUUUUUAUAUAUAUCAUCACUUCAGUACAGUUUUGAUGUCAGACUUUUAAAGUGAAGAGUUUCCUCCCAAAACAGGACGCCAGCCAGAGAUUUCACAGCCUGUAAUUAUAUAAAUAAUGUAUAUUUUUGGAAAUCAAACAAGGAAUAUCAGGUCAUUUUGAAACCUCACCUUUGAUUAUUAAAAAAUGGGAUGCAAAGUGUUUUGAAAAGAAGCCCUUCACUUGAAUGUCGGCCAUUUUCUUUAUGCUGUAGAUUAACUGUCAGCUUGCCAACAAAGGUUUUUUUUUUCUUAUAAGUUAAAUCACUUUUUUUUCCAGCAAAGAGGAGUGUCUAUACCCAGUCUGUUUCUUCUGUCAAACUUUAGCUGUGUAGAAGAUGUACUUGGACGACUUUGCUGUCUGUGUGUGUGUGCGUGCGUGCAUGUUUUCUGAUGAUUUUGUUGAUAAUAUUUUUUAAUAAAGUCCAGUUGAAAUAAGCACAUGGGUAUAUUUUGCUCUUUGUUUUUUAAACUCUAGUUCUCUUAAUUAUCAUGUCAUCUACCUGGACGUCAGGUGAGUGGUUUGUUGAGGUCCAGGCAGGUGUUCCUGGGGUUUCUGAGGAUGGUCAGGGACUCAUCUGAUACCCGUUCUUCACAAAGCUAGUUCCUGGACUUGUCUGGAGCCAGUGCCUGAUUUGGAAACUUUUUUUGUGUUUGAAGUGCUUAAGAACUGUUUUGUAUUCUGAAACUCUGGUCCCACUUAUGGCCAAAAUUUAACUUGUCAAAAACUUCCUUGUGGCUUCAAAAAGUGUGUCUUGUCUCUAUUUUCCUCUUGAACACAUUUUUUUUUUGUGCUGAAGGUAACUUAAUUAGUUCCAACAUACUAUUAAGCCAUUCAAUAUUAGAAACUCAGGAAGAAUCAAAAUGUAUUAAAAAAAACAUCACUUUUAAUGUUCUUUCCAUUCAUAACAAUCCUGACCAGCAUGUAGAUUUACGAGGCCUGGAGUGAUGCCCACAGGGACUUUGUCCCCAUUGUUAUUGUUGAAUUUGAAGAUGCUGGGCGAGCCAAGUUUACACUUAAAGGAUAUUUUAUAUCCUGUAAAUGACAUAGAAGACUUAAGUUUUCAUUGUUGGUAGAAAAUAAUUUCAAUCCAAAAAAUUUGCAAAAGCAGAGCAGAGUUCUCUUCAUACUCAUUCACUGGUUUAACUAUAUCUAAAAUAAAAGAUGGUCACAGCAUCAACUCCAAGGUCAAAUGUUCACCUGCUGCCUGACAAAUCCCACCUACAGACUUUUUUUUUCUUUUUUUAACCUUUUUGGCCUAAUUUGUGCUUUCAACUGGAUCUUGAGCUCCCCUUCUUACAUCCUGGUCCUUUGUCAGCUGCAGGGUUCUCUUAAUUGACUCCUGGGACUUCAUCAGCUGCAGGUUUCUCUGUCUCGACUGGUACUUUGUCAGCUGCAGGUUUUUCCUUCUUGGCUGCUUGGACUUUGACAGCUGCAGGUUUCUCUUUCUUGGCUGCUGGGACUUUGUCAGCUGCAGGUUUUUCCUUCCUUCCUGCUGGGACUUUGACAGCUGCAGGUUUCUCUCUCUUGGCUGCUGGUACCUUUUUAGCUGCAGGUUUCUCUUUCUUGACUCCUGGGACUUUGACAGCUGCAGGUUUUUCCUUCUUGACUCCUGAGACUUUGUCAGCCGCAAGUUUUUCCUUCCUUCCUGCUGGUACUUUGACAGCUGCAGGUUUUUCUUUCUUGACUGCUGGUUUUUUGUAAGUUUCAGGUUCCUUUUUCUUGGCUUUGUCAGCUGCAAUUAAGGUUCAUAAUUAAUGCAUCAUUUUUUCAAUCACUUAUUUUUUAUUUAAUUCAUUCAGUCAUUUUUAAAUGACUGUAUGAAUGCUCCUUGGUCUAUUGUCAGGUCUACAGUGAGAUUAUAGUUUCACACAAGACUUUAAGAGGCAGAGAAAGCCACCAAAAAAAAAAACAAGAACUCCUGACUUCAAAAAGAAGGACUAGCUACAGAAACCUGCUCACCCUUUCUCUGAAGUCACACAGCAAUGGGAUACUUAAAGGGACACUUUAAAGGUUGUCCUGCAAUAAUGAUGAUGUUAGCUAUUUACCCCAUUGUAGAAGCAUCAUAAUGUGAACUUACCCUUUUUUUUCAAAUUUAGUUUCUUUAGUUUUUCCACAUGGGGGCGCAGCUUGCCUUGGACAGCAAUAUCCAACCUCGGCAGUGCCUUCAUUUCUUUCUCGAUUAAAGAGAUGGAUUUCUCUGUCCCGUAGUACUGGAUGAUUAUUUGAGACAUUUCCACUCUGACCUUGUUCGUCCUCAGUCCUUCUGGGAUUUUGUCCAAAUUAUACAGCAUCUUCAUAUAUUGCUGCUCAGUCAGCUCCUCCAUGAUGGCGGUCAGGUCUUUUUUCCACUUUGUCUCAAAACCCGUCUGUACCAUCUGAAAUACAGAAAGCCAUGAGGGCAUUCAAAGAAUUUCCCCUUUCUUCUGCGAUUAAGUUUUUGUUGCUCUUGAUAAAACAACCUUUCCUUGUGCUUCCUUUUAUAUCUGUACCUGUACAUUUAUCUGCUUUUAGCUGAUGCACGGUCAAGACAUUUGAGUAAAAAGUCUAAAAGAGAAAGACAGAAGAAAUCAAA